AUGGUUGCGCCAGCUGUUCCUGAGAUAUACGAAGAGGAUGACAUCUUUGCCGCUGUCGAUGCGCGAACGGAGUCGCUUCAGAAUCUACGAGAAUUAGGUCCUCCAGACUUGGUAUACUUGGUCAAGCAGCCGAAGACCAAUGCAAACCGGCAGACUGGAGUUUACCAUCAUGUCACCGGCGUCGAUGCCUCGUCCUCCGCCAGUCUGGCCGCCUACGUAAACACGCUUACCUUUUCGCCUCUGGAUAAGACACACAAGGUGGUUUCUGGAAUCUACUGCUGUUACAAUGCCUUCUCUCAUCUCGAUAUGCGAGUCGAAGUGAAGAUACCAGGAAGUCUGGAGAGCUAUUGCAUCGAUGAGCGAGGCGAUAAGCGUGUUGCUACCGAAGCCCUGUGGCUUGAGACGUUCCUCUGCGGGGUACUGAGAGCGUAUUCUUACGCGGACGACGGUAGCGGUGAUGCCAUCAGAAAAAUCGUUGGAGUUCGACGAUUCAACCCGGUAACCAACACGGAGAUGGAGCAUAAGUUCAUGGAUGCUGCAGAGAGACUAUUCUUCCUGGGGAGGCAGCUCAGCUCCGAUCCAGAAACCCAAGUACCAAGUACCGUCAGCAACCAUCUCACAGCAGGUCUGCUCAAGUACAUCCAAACAACCGGCCGCUAUACCUCGGGGGUGAAUCUGUUUGAGAAGCUUCGCACGCGAGAUGUAGAGGUUUCGUCGCUGUUGGCAAGGGUUCUGUUAAUGGCAGACGAAGAAGUACAGGCUGUACGGUUGAUGUUUGAUGCUUUGCAAGACGUGCCAAUGGACUAUUCACUACUUGACUGCCAAGCAGCGUUCUGUAUGAGCAAGGGAGAAGGUGAAUUGGCCCUGGAAUGCGCGAAACGUGCUGUGACGGCAGCACCGAGCGAAUUCAGCACCUGGGCUCGGCUGGCCGAGGUGUACGUAUCACUCGAGCAAUGGGACUUGGCGCUCCUUACCCUGAACUCGUGUCCCAUGUUCACAUAUCAAGACAAGGACACGCCUCGAAUGCCCCAGCCGUCGCGCAUCAUGCUUCCUAUUCUUGCAGAGAGCAUAUUGGAUGAAAUCGACGAGGGACAACCUAAACAAGGAGACCCUCACGACUAUAUUCAUCCAUCGCUGAGAAAACUGCACGCUGCAUCAUACCAAGGCACAUUUUUGAAGGCCUACAACCUGCUGACAAAGAUUGCCGCAUCGAUCGGCUGGGACCAGCUACUCAAGAUUCGCAGCGAGGUCUUCGUCAUGGAAGAGGAGUACCGAGUUGAGCGCCAGCACUCCACAUCGAAACCUGGUAAAGCUGGCUCUGUCGCUGAGACCCAGACUGCUGAGACCAAUGGUGACGGUGAGAAUGGAGAUGGCUCUGGAGCCGAGGAUGAGGAUUCAUUGGCCGAGACUGCAGCCAACGGCAAUGGAGAGAACGAAGAGCAAGUAGAAAGUUCUAUUGAGAAACCAGAGCAAUCGAUGGCAUCAGAGGUCGUCAAGUCAGGCAACGAUGAUGCCGACCCGUCGCAUUCUUCGUACACACAAUUCAAGAACAAGCGUUUGUGCGAGCGCUGGCUAGAUAACCUCUUCAUGGUCUUGUACGAAGAUCUGCGCAUCUACACCAUCUGGCGCACGGAGAUGGCUCAAUUCCGCCAGCAAGCGAUCGAGUACAAGAAGUCGGCGACCGAAUGGGAGAUUCUGGGCGAACUUGCCGAGCGUCUGCAUCACUUCGACGAAGCGAUCGAAGCCUAUCAACACUGCCUGUCUGUUCGGUUCUCGCCUAAGGCCAUGCGCGGAAUCCUGAAGUUGUAUGAAAACCGAAACGACACGCGAGGCAUGCUAGGCUCCCUGAUUCGGCUUAUUGCAUGGCAAUAUCGCUGGUACUCCGAGUUCUCUCCCGAGUUACUCUACCUCAUCCGCAAACUCAUUGAGGACGAAGGAGCCGUCAAGGUGCGCAGCAUCGUGCAGGCGACGAAUCUGCCACAACCUGUCCUCGAUCUCACACACCAAUACUGCCAGCUCUGCGCGACAUUUCGCAGCAGCGGAAGCGAUGGCUAA